AGUUUUCAUUUCGUAAGGGUUUUUAGGGUUGGCCCGUGCGUCAUGAAGUAGUUUAUUGUAAAUUUUAUAUGUUGUAAAUGUUUAUCUAAUGUGCUAUACAUCUUUUGAAGCUCUAUAUCUAUCCACACAUGGGUUUUUGAACUUGGAGAUUCCACAAUGGAUGUGCCAUUAAGAGCUGUUCCUGGCCGCAGAUGCAAAGUUCUAUUCAGCUAUCAGCCGGCCAAUGAUGAUGAGUUGGAGCUGCAGGUUGGCGAUCUCAUAGACAUCCUAUCAGAGGUGGAGGAAGGAUGGUGGCGAGGAAAGUUAAAUGGACAGGUCGGAGUGUUUCCCUCCAAUUUUGUCUCAGAAGUGUUUGAUGAUGAGGCCGGCCUUAAGGAGGCUUCACACCGCAAGACUUCAAAGAGCAGUCUGGACUCUGAAGGCUCUAAAGCUUCCAAUGCCAGCACCAUGAACCAUGAGGAGUCUACGUCACACAGUGCAGCAGACGUACCUCAACUACCACCUAAACCUAUGAAAGAGCUGUGUAGAGUGAUGUUCCCUUACGACGCAGUCAACGACGACGAGUUGACGUUGAAGGAAGGUGACAUCAUUACCAUAAUCAGCCGGGACGGUCAAGACAAGGGGUGGUGGCGGGGAGAACUCAAUGGAAAAGUUGGUGUAUUCCCAGACAACUUCAUACAAGUCAUCACUGCAGAUGAGUCAAAGCCAGCUCGACCCCCAGCAAAGACGAACAUUGUAACAACCAACAGAGUGAAAGAUUCCAUCACUCGCCCCUCCACCACUGCACCACAGACCACAUCCUCGCGUAAAUCCAUCGAACUGCCUCCUAAACCAGAUGAAAAAACAAGUCCUCCUGGUAUUAGCAAGAAACCCCAGUUGCCCCCUCCACCACUCAAAAAGCCACAACGAAGCCCAAGCGGGGCGUCCAGCACCAAGACACUGGUAACAGAGACAAAGCCCACCAACACUGCCACCACCCCCACCAAGCCUCCGGACAGCCCCACCAACCCUGUGAGCAUGGCAAGAAUACCACUGACACCAUUAACGUUCUCUCUGAAGCAAGCCUCAACCUCGGACGAUACAGACGGAGGUUGCCUUAGUCGCAGCUCAGGGUCGUUCACUCCCUCGCAGGUGGCAGAACCUGAGCCUGAUGUGGACCUGGACUGUGUCGGUCGCACGGCCAUGCUGACACAUCCCACCGCCAGUCGCGUGCGGGCACCUCGGCGCAGACCUCCCUCUGGCAUACCUGUCAAAGAGAGUGGGGAGUCUACAGGGCUAAUGAAUGGUAAUGCAGAGCCCCACUUGAACUUGGUAGACGAUAAAACCAGCAACAAGGCCCCGUGGGUAGAGGAGCUGAAGAUGAACCAAGCGAAGAAAAACUCAGCCCAAGGUCGUACUCGUGUGAUGAUCAGUGGGACAAGUGAGUCAGUGAGUCCUGAGCCACAGAAGGUGUCCCCGGUGACACUGCGGGGCCAGACAGCGGGGCAGACAGGAAGCAGACCACAGAGUAUGUUUGGUGGACGCUCCUUCAGUCUCAGCCCCUCUCCUUCUUCUCCAGACACCAUCACAGUGUCCAACAAGCAGUGGAGUGAGCUAAAUGAAAAGGUUCAAAGGUUAGAGUCUAAACUAGAGGCUCAACAAGAGGCGUUUAUCAAAGCCAUCAAAGAGCUGUCUGCCAAACUUUCAGAAGAAUCUGAGAAGAGAUCAGCCAUGCAAGCAGAGAUAGAGAAAUUAACCACAUUUAUAACCCAAGUUUGAGACGACCAACUUGUAGGUGAAUAUAUACAUGUCACAUUCCGUAAAGGUUGUAAAAUUUGUAUUCUACUACAGUGGUUUUUUAGUGAAAACUCAUAAAGCUGUAAACAUUUUUCCACGUCAAUUGGAGUUUUUACUUUUCUUUUUGCUUUAAAUGUGGUAAAAAUUUACUUUAAAGUUUCUUUAACAUGUUUGCUGUGGUGGAAUGUAAGUACUUUGAAAAAACAUGAAGCUUUUUCUUUAUUUAGAUAGAUUAUCAACAUUUUUUUUACAUCACCAAAACCAACAAUAGUUAUUUGUGUAUCUAGUGGGCGAAGUGGCACUUUGC